AUGGGUCGUUCUCGUGGGAAUUUUCAUCACGCGGAUGAGGACCCCAACCAGAGGUCAAGGAGAAAAAAGAGUGCCGCCAGCGGAGAAAAUUCAGAAUCUGGAGCUGCAGGCCAAGGAGCAGGAGAAGGAAAAAAGGCUCUGUACCACUGCAAUUAUUGCAAUAAAGAUAUAACAGGAAAAAUUCGUAUUAAGUGUGCCAUGUGCCCAGAUUUUGACUUGUGUAUAGAGUGUUUCUCUGUUGGAGCGGAGGUGACACCUCAUAAAAGCAACCACCCUUACAGGGUGAUGGAUAAUUUGUCUUUCCCUCUUAUUUGCCCAGACUGGAAUGCAGAUGAUGAAAUCUUGCUUCUAGAGGGAAUUGAGAUGUAUGGCCUAGGAAAUUGGACAGAAGUUGCCGAGCAUGUUGGAACAAAAAACAAAGAGUCAUGCAUAGAACAUUAUAAGAAUAUAUACUUGAGCUCCCCGUUCUUUCCUGUUCCGGACAUGUCUCAUGUAGUUGGGAAAAACAGAAAAGAACUUCUUGCUAUGGCAAAGGGGCAGGCUGAAGACAAGAAAGGAAUUUCCAUGGGGGAUCUUAGUUUAAAGGCAGAAUCUCCCUUUUCUCCAUCUAGAGCUAAGGUUGAAGAUUCUCAUAAAGCUGGCUCCGCUAAUCGUUUAUCUUCAAAUCUAAAUUCAGAGUCAGAUUCGGGUCCAUCUGGUAACACACACGCCGCAACUGGUGCUAAUCAAAAGGCAUCUAAUGUGGGAAGGGGAAAAGGUGGUCCAGGAGUCAUUAAAAUGGAAGACUCUCAAAUAGACAGAGAUUUUGGAGGAAAGAAGCCAACUUCCUCAGGAAAUGAAGGUCCUUCUCUAGUUGAAUUGAGUGGGUACAAUGCUAAAAGACAGGAAUUCGAACCUGAAUAUGAUAAUGAUGCUGAACAACUACUUGCUGAAAUGGAAUUUAAGGAUACCGACUCAGAGGAAGAGCGAGAGUUGAAAUUACGGGUAUUACGAUUGUAUUCAAAGAGGCUUGAUGAAAGAAAGCGGAGGAAGGAUUUCAUACUUGAAAGAAAUUUGUUAUACCCAAAUCCAUUUGAGAAGGAUUUAACACCUGAGGAGAAGGCAAUAUGUCGGAAAUACGACAUAUUCAUGCGCUUUCAUUCUAAGGAAGAUCACGAGGAAUUGCUUAGAACAAUGUUAUUUGAGCAUAGAAGUUGGAAAAAAAUUCAAGACCUCAAGGAAGCCCGGGUAGCUGGUUGCCGCAAUUCAGCUGAAGCUGAUAGAUAUCUCUCACACAAGAGAAAGAGGGAAGCCGAAGAAAUUGCUCGAAGGACAAGGACAAAAGAAAGUGGUCAGGUUGGUCCGAGCAAUCAGGGAAUUCCAAAUGCAUUGACUUCUCCAGAUUCAACUAAUAAGGAUCUGAGUGCAAGACCUGCAGGACCAGCUACUUCUAGUUCUGUCAAUGAGAUGGAUGUAACAGGAUACUAUGGAGCAGAUUUACUUUGUGAAGCUGAGAAACGAUUGUGCUGUGAGAUAAGAUUGCCUCCAGUCACAUAUCUAAAGAUGCAAGAGCAACUGUCUCUUCAAAUACUUGCUGGCACUGUCUCUGCAAAAUCCGAUGCUCAUCAGUUGUUCAAGAUGGAUGCCAUGAAGAUUGACAGGGUGUAUGAUAUGCUCGUUAAGAAAGGGAUCGGUUCACCCUGA